UGUAAAUAGAGGUAUUUAUUUUAUGACAUUGUUAAAUAUAUAAAUUAUAGUGAGCUGUGGAUAAUUGCUGGACGACAAAGUAGUCGAUUUUUAUAUAACUUUCAUAUUUUUUCGACUCAUUUCGUAUUUAAUAGAGUGAUUUUAUAAUGGCAGAAAAAACGGCAUAUUCCCAAGUUCCACCGCAGGUGCAUCAAGUACCGCCACCUUAUCAACCAAUUGAUCCACCACCUGCAUAUUCAGUUGGUCCAUAUCCUGCUGCAGGAGAAGGUUAUCAGGCUCCACCAACAGUUGUUCUCGGUGCACCUACCUCAUCUGGUGGACCACCUACAGUAGUGACUGUGGUCCGAGUUGGACAGUGGGGUCCAUUCCCCAUGCAAGUAGUGUGUUCAAACUGCUCAGCACGCGUCAUGACAGAGACUUCACUUAGCCCUGGCUUGCUCACUUGGUUAUUGUCUGGAGCUCUGGUUUUUGUGGGAUGUUGGCUUGGAUGUUGUUUGAUUCCCUGCUGUAUACCUGAGUGCCAAGACAUAGAGCACCGUUGUCCGAAUUGCAAGACACACCUGGGAACCUUUCGCCGAAUUUAACCAAAAGCUAAUCUGGUCAGUCUUAAGUCACUUUUAACUGGAUGAUAAACUCCCCAUUGCCUUAAAUGAAGUCCAUUUACAUACAUAUAUAUAUAUAUAUUAGUCACAAAAUAGAUUGUAUACAUUCCUUACUCUGAAAGAAAAUAUUUUAUGAUGAUGCUGUAUCCAAUUUGGGAAUGCACGAAAUAAAACCUUUGGUUUUGCAUUUUAAAGAUUUCUGAAGAGAACAAAAUUUUAACCAUAUUUUUCCACUUUUCUGUCUGCCUCAAUGUUGAUGUGAUGUUUGUAAAUUAAAAUGUUUAUCUAAACCGUAAUUGUUUGUUACAUAUUUUAUUCAAAUAUUUUAUCGGCUAUCACUGAAUUUUAUGUUAUACAAAGGAUCUGCUGUGUACAUAUGUAUUAGUAAACUGCAUUAUUGUGUUUUCUGAAUUCUAAAUAAAGAGUAUUUGUGAUAA